AUGCCCUUCGACGUGAUUUUUAGCUUGUCUCUCCACCUUUCUGUGAAAGACCUUUGUGCACUACGCGCAACGUCACGACAACUUCGGCAUCUGGUACUAAACAGGUUGUUGUGGUCAAUCGCGCUUCGUGACAUACUGGAAAUUCGGCCAAUACCCCGGCUGAGCUAUGCGCUGGACGAUAUGUCACUUGAAGAACUUCUGAAAGCAACGAUUCGGUUGAACGCCCUAGAUAAAAAAAACAGAGGACUGGACCCUGAUGUCAAAUUGAUACAAAUCUCAAGUAUUGACGUAGGCACCGCCCCAGUCUUCGUCCCAGGAGGUCGCCAUUUUGUGACCGUACAGGAGCCCGAUGAUUCGUUCUUCAUACAUGACUUUGGGACGAGUGAUCUUUCUGCCGGACGACCGUUUCUCCCUCGUUUCGAACAUCAAGUCGUCUAUUGGCGCAUGGUGCCAGUUGGUGCGACUGAGUUCAAUAUAGCGGUUGCGACGCUGGACUUGGAAAGCUAUGCUGUAGGUCCUACUGGGUACCCACUGGACCGAUCUUAUGUCCACGUCUUUCACUACGAUAUUAUAACGAACAUCUGGGAAGAGAUCGACUACUUUUAUAUCGACGCGAGAUUCCAAGCGUUUUAUUUCGAUUCGGAGCUCCUCGCUAUGAUGUGGUGCCACGUGGCGAGUAGUCAUUCAGCCUACAUUCGCGACUAUGCUCGACACAAAGGUACUCCUGUCUUGGGGCUGACAGGGAUUGAUCUCACUUGUUCAGCGGGCUCGAUCGUCAUCCUUGACCAAUGUCACUUUGUAGUGGCCGCCGACGAGGUUGCUCACCUCUUUCGCUUACCGGCCUUCUUCCCCAUCUCCGGAACACAUGUUGCCGGAGCCACCGUCGACUAUUCGCCCAUUUGGCGGAGUAAUACCACACCGAAAUCUAUAGCGUUCCGAGCUCCCUUCGUCGCAGACAUGCGGCCUCUCAGCGGUAAAUCCCCAACCUCAAUACCGCCAACCAAGUGGAUGGUAUGGAGCGGAGAUUAUUGGCACGUCAUCACUCAAGGCACUGCACCCUUCGAGUAUAAUAUCGAACGUCGUCGGUGUUUACCAGGACGUCCAGAUUACACCGUAUUGGGUCACUGUUUCGGAAAGUUUUCUGCACUACACGGCACGUCGGACGAGGAACUAUUUAUACUUCCUCUUCCUAUCAAUCAUCAUCCGUGUAGUCGAGGGUUUGCGCGCCUCAAUGCACCGCCUGAUCCAGAUGACAUGCCCUCGACGGAGGUCCCUUUUCAUCUUGACGACGAGGAGGGUAUGGUGGUGCUCUCUUAUGAUGAGGAAUCUGGGCAUGUCUAUAUAGGCUUAGGAGAUCGGGAGUUGCCCGGUUGGCAGCGAAUAGUAGCUGCAACCCUCAGUUGA